GUGAAAAAAGAUACUCCCUCCGUCCCUUAUAAUUUUGUCAACUUUCCCUUUUAGAUGUCCCAUUAACUUUGCCACUUUCCCUUUUAAGUAAAGAAUUUGUGGUUCCAGUUAAUUAUCUCUCCUCUGCACAAACAUUAAUCACACAGUUUUUACUUUAUUAAUCCAUGUGUCGGUCAAACUUGGCAAAAUUAUUAGAGACAGAAGGAUUAUAAAUUAUUAAAAGUAUGAUGAGAAAUGUAUUAUUUUCGACGUUAUUGAGGACAUGAUGAAAAUAUUUACAAAUGGAAAGAUCUAUAGUCAUUACUUUACGGAUGGAAAUGAAUUGUAAAAAUGUACUCCAUAUUUCGUACUACUUCCGUCCCAUAAUGGUUGUCUCAUUUCAAUUUGGCACGGUUAUUAAUAAAGUGGUUGAAAAGUAAAAGUUGUGGUUGAAAUUUAAUUAGAAUAAAUGGAAAUAACAUGAACUACAAAUUUCUUGCCGAAAAGGGAAACAGAACAUCUAUUUUGAGACAACUCAAAAAGAAAAGUAAGACAACCCAUAUGUUAGCGGGCUGAGCUUAUCGGUCCGAACGGGUCUACACCCUAACCCAAGUCAGCCCAUAUGUUAUUGUGGGCUGGGCUCAGGCCGGACCGGUGGGUAACUAUAUAUGCCUAAGUCCGCCCAUUUGUGCAGGCCGGCCGGGCGGGCCGUGUGGGGCCGGGCCGGUUUUGUACAGGUCUAAACCGUGCUUAUGGUAAAGUAUCUCGGACUGGUGAUCCAUGUACUAUGCUUUUGUGGAGUCCAAAUAAAAACAAAUAAAGCCCAUAUAACUUAUCUGGGCAAAAAGGGAAUCCGAAUAUGAGUUUGAUAUUUGUAGUAGUCAUACUUAUCUGAAACGGGUCCUUUUCUUCUCUCUCCGAACUUCUUUCGAGAAAGAGAGAGAUCAGUGCUUAGUGAGAGGAAAAGCCAGCGGCCAUGUCGGACGAGGAGCACCAAUUCGAGGCGAAGGGAGAUGCAGGGGCAUCCAAGACCUACCCGCAGCAAGCUGGAACCAUCCGCAAGAAUGGCUAUAUAGUCAUUAAAAACCGUCCUUGCAAGGUUGUUGAGGUCUCCACCUCAAAAACUGGCAAGCAUGGGCACGCCAAAUGCCAUUUCGUGGGAAUUGAUAUUUUCAAUGGGAAGAAGCUCGAAGAUAUUGUUCCUUCAUCUCACAAUUGUGAUGUGCCACAUGUUAAUCGUGUUGACUAUCAACUUAUUGACAUCUCUGAAGAUGGUUUUGUCUCUCUUCUCACAGAAAGUGGAAGUACCAAAGAUGACCUGAAGCUUCCCACGGAUGAUGGUCUGUUAAAGCAGAUCCAAGAUGGAUUUAAAGAAGGGAAGGAUCUUAUAGUGUCAGUCAUGGCUGCAAUGGGAGAAGAGCAGAUUAACGCAGUGAAGGAUAUCGGUGGUGGUGGUCCUAAAUAGUGAAAAGCCAGCCAGCGUUUUAUACAUCUAAUAUAUCUAUAAUUAAGGGAACCUGGCAGUUCACCUGAAUUGUUUGUUAUUUCCAAGUUUAGUGAUGAGUCAAGACAGCUCAGAUGAACCAUGUUUUUGUGUAUUGAAAAUUUGAAACCCUUGCAAAAAGUUCCUUCUGGUGAUCCUUGUGUGAAGGUUUUGCUCCAGCGCCACCAGAUUAAAGUUACUGUUUUUUCGUAAUUUUAGAAAGAUAAUUAUGUGCUUAAUUGCUAACCUUCUUAUAGCUUGUGUGAACAAUUCCUUUGCCAUUGAAUAAAGUCACUUAUCCCCUUUGGCAUUUCCUUCUCGGGGGCAAAUUGCAUUUCCAUCAAGUAUUAUCAUCAGUCAUCAUGUAUAAUAUGAGGUAAGUGGCUAAAUGUCAUUUAAGCACAUCAAUA